AUGGAGGCAUCAUUGUUUCACUUGAUUGCUGUUUUUGUGGCUGUCCACAUGAUCGACUGCCAAACAGUCUGCAACAGACAGGCUUCACUUGAAUGGCACCUUAAGAAACACUCGAUCCAAAUGAAUUGGAGCCUCGUAGGAAACAUCUGCGGGAGCGUUUCCGAGUGUUGGAAUUCUCAGGGGGGAGACGAGUCGACUGAGCGGCCUUUCAACUUCCCGCAGAUAUGCCCAGUUCAGCUGCAACAUGGAGACAAACUGCUGAUGUCCGCUGAUGAAACGCUCAAAUCCUAUGGCAUCAAACUCCUAAAUGUGUCCAAAGAUGACUUUGAAAGCUGCUCCACGAACGGACAGCUGGAAGAUCAGUUUCUCUUCCCCCACAAUAUAAAUGAGGGCGAGCAAGUUGAGGCCAAGUGGCUCAUCCCCGGUCAUCAUUACUUCAUUGCUCUGCACGAAGGAGACACGCAGCUGUGCAACCUCGGUUUAAGGCUCAACGUAUCUGUUAAAGCGCAGCUCUGUCAGGGCUCUCCUCUGCUUCGACUGUGUUCGGGGAACGGUGUUUGUCAAACAGGUCUCUGGGACGGUGCGUACCACUGUCAGUGCCACCACCACUACUCCGGGAGGUUUUGUGAAAAGUUUGAUGCCUGUUUGGAUAACCCUUGUGAAAACAAAGGAGUAUGUUUGAGCAAUGGAUCCACAGAUCCAAACUACAGAACAUAUAAAUGCCUAUGUCCUCCACAUUUUACAGGGGUAAACUGCUCUGAAAUCGUUGGCAAAGAAAACUGUGACAGAAUUUGUGAAAAUGGGACAUGCGUUCAAAUGUCACCCGCCUCCUUCAAAUGCGUCUGCGACACUGGAUCCUCUGGCCCUUCUUGUGAGAAGAGGAAAGCCCCCUGUGACCCAAAUCCAUGCAGAAAUGGAGGUGCAUGUGAAGAGAGCCCCAAAGGAUUCGCCUGUCGUUGUCCAGAGCCAUUUGGGGGCCUUUACUGCGACUCUCGAGUUGACAUCGAUUGCACGUCGUACGCAUGUCAGGAGGAACAAAUUUGCACCGCAGGGAAGCAUGCCUCUGAAUGUGUCUGUGCAGAUGGUAAUGUGGUCUCAGCAUGCAGGAGGCAGCAGAACCUGUGCAGCUCAUCGCCGUGUCUGAACAAUGCCACCUGUGCGUCCAGGGGAAAUGAUUACUUCUGCAGCUGUCUGCGAGGGUUUUCUGGGAAGUAUUGCGAAGAAAGAAUUGACUACUGCAGGCUGCUCAAUAUCAACUGCCUAAAUGAGGGAUUGUGCUUGAGUGUAAUUGGCGGAUAUCAGUGUGUUUGUACCCCAGGUUGGACCGGAGAGUUCUGUCAGUACGUAGGUGAUGCCUGCCUGAUGAUAAAACCAAACAGCUGUUUAAAUGGAGCCACAUGCAUUACAACAAGUCAGCCAUCAUCUCCCCCUCAGUACACCUGCAAAUGUCCCCGCGGCUUCAUAGGCGCUAAGUGUGAGACUGAGAUCAAUGAGUGUGACUCCAGCCCCUGUCAACACAACGGCACAUGCACUGACUUACUAGGAGACUACAGCUGCCAGUGUCCUUUAGGCUUUUUGGGAAAAAACUGUGAAGUUGACAUCGAUGCUUGUGCUCUGCCCAACAAUACGUGUCCACCAACGACUCGGUGCCUGGAUCUCCCUGAUGGCCUUCAGUACACCUGCCGUGUACCCUGUCCUCAAAACCUUCAACCGUGUGCCAAUGGAGGGAACUGCGUGUUGAAUAAUGCCAGUAGCUACACCUGCAUCUGCACACCUGGUUGGACUGGUCAGAACUGCCGUGUAAAUGUCAACGACUGUAUUCAACAUUGGUGUCAAAAUGGAGCCACGUGUGUGGAUGAGAUUGAUGGUUACAGCUGCCUUUGUCCCAGAGGAUACACGAGCGUCCACUGCGAGGACGACAUUGAUUACUGUGUUGGCCAUCGCUGCUCUGAUCACGGCGUCUGCCUGGACCAGCAGCACAACUUCACCUGCCGCUGCACACUCGGAUUUGAAGGGCCGCUCUGUGAAGUGGAAACAAAUGAGUGCAACAGCUUCCCCUGCUCAAAUGGUGCCACCUGUGUGGACCUAAUCAGUGAUUAUCGGUGCCACUGUCCCCGAGGCUUUGAGGGAAGAACCUGCUCUGAGAAUGUAAAUGAUUGUUGGUCGCAGCCUUGUCUAAAUGGAGGCUCGUGUAUGGAUCUGAUAAAUGACUACAUUUGUCACUGUCCUCUUGGAUUCGAGGGGAAGGAUUGCUCUGUAGAUGCUGACCUUUGCUCACUUGGAAUGUGCAGCGAACAUACGCUAAUUUGUGCCGAGACCAAGGAUGGUCAGAAUGUUACUUGCACAUGUGAAAGAGGGUUUGGAGGGUCAUUUUGCGAAGUAAAUCUCGACGAGUGCGAGUCAAAGCCGUGUCAGAACGGUGGGAUUUGUGUGGACGGCACUGACCUGUAUCAGUGCUUGUGCUUACAGGGGAAGAAUUGCUCCGUAUCCGACUCUGCAUGCGCAUCAGAUGUGGAGCUCUGCAAAAACGGAGGAACCUGCUCGCACACCUUAACCGGGGAAAUACAGUGUAUUUGCCCUCCAGGAUACCAUGGCAAAGACUGCUCCUCGUCUGAGAGCCAAUGUGUGUCAAAUCCUUGCAACCCUGAGGGGUCUGUCCUCUGCGUGGAGCUGGAAAAUACUUAUAGAUGUGUGUGUCAACACGGCUACACUGGGCUGCACUGCGAAACACCUAUAAACCGCUGCGUCGAAGGCCUGUGUCAGCACGGCUCGCUGUGUGUGGAUAUACCAGGAGGCUUCGAGUGUGAUUGUUUAGCAGGUUUAACGGGCCAGUUCUGCGAGAUAAACAUUGAUGACUGUGAAGGAGAGCCGUGUGGAGUCCUGAGUAUUUGUAAAGACGCUCUGAAUGGCUACAAUUGCUUCUGUGCACCUGGAUUUAUUGGAAAUAAGUGUGAGAUUGAAGUGAAUGAAUGUCUCAGCCAGCCUUGUCGAAAUGGAGGCUCCUGCAUAGAUGAGCUCGACUCAUUCAGCUGCCAGUGUCCUCUCGGGAUCACAGGCGACUACUGUGAAGUCAACGUAAACGAGUGCGUGUCGUCCCCCUGCCUGCACAACGCCACGUGUGUGGAUCUUGUUCACGGCUAUGGAUGCGUCUGCAUGCCUGGUUUUACAGGUACAAAAUGUGAGGUUGACAUUGAUGAGUGUGCUUCAUCUCCCUGCAAGAAUGGAGCCACUUGCAUUGACCAGCCUGGUAAUUACUUCUGCCAGUGUGUGGCUCCGUUUAAAGGUCAUAAUUGUGAGUUCUUACCCUGCGAAGCCAGUAAUCCUUGCGAGAAUGGCGCAGUGUGCGUGGAAGAGUUGGAUCAGGACCAUUUUCCUUUGGGUUUCCGCUGUCACUGUCGCCGGGGCUUCACGGGCCCCCGCUGUGAAAUCAAUGUGGAUGAGUGCAGCUCCAGCCCCUGUUUUCACGGCUUCUGCUAUGAUGUUGUAGAUGGCUUUUACUGCCUUUGCAGUCCUGGUUAUGCUGGGCUGAGAUGUGAGCAAGACAUUGAUGACUGUGUGAACAGUUUAUGCAGUACCAACUCAGUAUGUAAGGACCUUCAUCUGAGUUACGAGUGUGUGUGCCAUUCCGGCUGGGAGGGGGAGCACUGCCAACGAGAAAUUGAUGAAUGUUUAUCACAGCCCUGCAAAAACAACGCCACCUGCACAGACCUUCUCAACAGCUACAAGUGUUUGUGCUCACCGGGCUGGACAGGUGUGGACUGUGCCGAGGAUGUGAAUGAGUGUGAUUCUGGGCCCUGUCUAAAUGGAGCUCAGUGUCAGGAGUCAGACGUACCGGGGGAGUUCUCCUGCACCUGUCCCCCCUUCUUCAGUGGCCCCUUGUGCAACCAGCCUUAUGACCCCUGUGACCCCUUCCACAAUCCCUGCCUACACAACUCCACCUGCCUGACACGCUCCAAUGGAACAGCCUCCUGCAGAUGCCCAGCUGGAUUUGAAGGAAGUUUGUGUGAAAUCGACACCAAUGAGUGUAGUUCAAACCCGUGCCAAAACCAGGCUGGUUGUGUGGACCGGGUCAACGGUUACAGCUGUGAUUGUAAGAUGGGAUUUUCUGGCCUUCACUGUGAAGAAGACAUCAAUGAGUGUGCCUCUAGCCCCUGCAACAAUGCCGCCAUUUGUCAAGAUCUUGUGAACAAGUUCCACUGCAUUUGCCCUCCCGGUUAUUUUGGAACGCUGUGUGACCUGGAUGUGAAUGAGUGUGAAGUUUCACCUUGCCUACACGAGGGCAUCUGUAUCAACACGCCCGGGGGCUUCAAGUGUGUCUGUCGCCCUGGAUACUCAGGGCCACGGUGUGAAGUUAACGUCGAUGAGUGUGCUUCAAACCCAUGCCAAAAUAGUGGAAGAUGUAUUGAUGCGCCUAAUCGAUUCCACUGUUUGUGUCCUGAUGGCUUCACUGGGCUUCACUGUGAGACCAACAUUGAUGAAUGCAUGUCAGCACCUUGUCUUCAUGGGAGCUGUGACGAUGGGAUAUAUUCGUACACCUGUCUUUGCGAAUCUGGAUGGAGCGGCAGCAGAUGUGAAACAAACAUCGACGACUGUGUCUGUGGUCCCUGUCUGAACGGAGGAUCGUGCGUGGAUCUCCUUGAUAAAUACGCAUGCUUCUGUCAGGACGGUUACGCAGGGAAAACUUGUGAGAUUGACGUAGAUGUCUGCAAAGACAACGACGUGUUUAAUGUCUCGCUGUGUUUCAAUGGGGCCACCUGCCUUGAUGGUGAAGGGUCAAACUUUACAUGCAGCUGUCCACCAGGUUUCAUGGGGGAUUUCUGUGAAGUGGAUGUUAACGAAUGUUGCUCAGCUCCCUGCCACAACGGUGCCGUUUGCCAAGAUCUUAUUAAUAGCUACGUCUGCCACUGCAGGUCAGGUUGGACAGGCCUUCACUGUGAGGAUGACAUUAAUGAGUGCCUUCCACAGCCCUGCAACCAGGGGAUAUGCAUUCAGAAUGAUCCAGGCUACGGCUACACCUGUUUCUGUCGUCCUGGAUUUGUGGGGAGGAACUGUGAGCACAACUAUGAUGAUUGCCUGCUGAAUCCAUGUCCAGAAGCAUUUUCCUGUGUAGAUGGCAUCAACAAGGUCAGCUGCCUCCCUCCUGUUACGGAUUCUGUUCCCUUGGCGACCACAGUCAAGAACAUCACUCGCGGCUCCACACCCAGAGUGCCGACGCCAACUCUCAGCCCAGCACCAACAGCUGGGCGAUCCACAGAUUCGAGCUACCUUCAUUACUUUGGGAAUUCGUACUUGGAGUUUCGAGGUAUUGACCUCGGUGCGCUUAACAACAUCACUGUGAGAUUUCAAACCACGGCGGCCCAGGGAACUUUACUUUACGUGGACCAAGGACCUGCUAACGGUGAUUUCUUUUUCAUGAAACUCUUCAUCCAGGAUGGAGUCUUGCAGUAUGCCUUUUGCUGUAAUGAAGAGGAAGACGUUACGAGGAUGAGCGCAUUAAUCCGUGUUGAUGACGAUGCAGUUUACCUUGUAAAUAUCAGACAACGCCUGACCCCGUGUGAAGCAGAGCUGACUCUUUCUGGUCAUGAGAAAAUUAAAAGCACAGCAAGUAAUUACUGGUUGGGACACAUAUUAAAAAGAACAAACAGCAUCUUCACAGGUGGUUUGCCGCCAAACUAUCUUCCCAAUCAGAGAGCAAAGCCGUUCCACAACUACACUGGCUGCAUUGAAGUAAUUGAAAUUAAUAACCAGAGGAGCUUCUCCACAUCUGAUGCCAUCGCCGGCAGCAACAUAGACCAAUGCAGAUAUACUUUGUAUGCCAUCGAAGCUCCCACAACAAGUUCCCCAAGUUUGACAACUCAAUCAGCUACCUCUGACACAGUGAACACAACAGCGCUGGCAGCUCCCACACAAACACCAAAACACCCUCUGCAUGAACCUCGAGUUUGCCGUGACGGUCUUUGCCGCAACGGAGGAACAUGUCAUCAGCCGCAGCCGCCUGAAGGAGCUCUGCCUUCCUGUCACUGUCCGCUUCAUUUUACUGGAACUUUUUGUGAGAAAGAUACCACAGUGUACAUCCCCUCGUUCGAUGGCACGUCUUAUUUGGAGCUGCAGCCUCUUGCGUUUCUUCUUCAGCCUUCUGGUGACAGCAAUAAUCGACCUGCUACAGUCAAGGACACCACUGUUUUUCUCUAUUUGACAGUGAAAACAAGAUCUACACAGGGCACCAUACUCUACACUCAAGAGCAGAACUUUGGGGAUCGGUUCCUUCAUGUGUUCCUUCAAGAUGGAAGCCCCGUUGCUAGACUUGGUUGUGGUGGCAGUCGUGUUUUGAAUGCAGCAACAAACCAGAACAUCAAUAAUAACAGAUGGAUGCCAAUCGCAAUCCGAUACAAUCUGCCUGUUGGCAAACAAGGAGGGUCAUGUAUGAUUGAAGUAGCUGCAGAUAAUGGCACAGCUCAGCGUCUCGAGGAGUUCGUGUCACAGCCCGUGUCAGAGGGAACCUUCGGGCCCAUAUUUCUUGGGGAUGUUUCAUCCCACUGGGAGAUGCGUGACGGCAGCGCAAAAGGAGAGAGGAGAUUCAUCGGCUGUAUCAGGGAACUUCAGGUCAACUCAAAGGAGAUUUACCUGGUGGGCGAGGCGGUGAGCGGGAGAAACAUCAAGAACUGCGACCCACCUGUCUGCCAGCACCUUCCCUGUCGUAACGGAGGAACUUGCGUCAGCGAUGCCGAGGACUGGUUCUGCGAUUGCCCUCCGCUUUACACGGGCCGACUUUGCCAGCUCACCGCCUGCGAGCGCAACCCCUGCAGUCACGGAGCCACCUGCAUCCCAAAGUCGCCUCUGGAAGCAGUUUGUCUCUGCCCCUACGGAAGACAGGGUCUGCUGUGCGACCGGCCCAUCAAUAUAACUCGUGCCAGAUUCAGUGGAAGUGAUGAGUUCGGUUACACCUCCUUCCUGGCCUACUCCUCCAUCCCCAGCCUCGGUUUCUUCUAUGAGUUCAAGCUGAAGUUCACGCUUGCAGACAAUUCAUCUGCCGCCAAAGACAACCUGAUGCUGUUUGCUGGGCAUAAAGGACAAGGAAAUGACGGCGAUGACUUCCUGGUUUUGGGACUACGAAGUGGAAGAGUUGUACAUAAAUUCAACCUGGGAUCGGGGAUAGCAACCAUAGUUAGUGAUCGACUAAACCACCAGAUCAACAUCCACACUGUCACGUUUGGAAGAUCCAAGAAAACAGGAUGGCUGAAGGUUGAUGGACAACGUAACAGGACCGGACUGUCUCCAGGCCCUCUGGCGGGCCUCAAUGUUUUCAACCAGCUCUUUGUAGGAGGAUAUAAUGAGUACACCCCUGAACUGCUGCCACUCGGCUCCAGGUUCCGUCAUGGAUUUCAGGGGUGCAUUUUUGAUGUGGAGUUUCGCACAAGAAGAGACAGAAAGUUCCAAGCGCUGGGACAGCCAGCGGGUCGUCCGGUCUUCGGACGCAGCGUGGGUCAAUGUGGAGUCUCUCCCUGUGUUUAUGUUCAAUGCAAGAACGGAGGGACAUGCAUGGACUCCGGCUCAUCUGUGUAUUGCCAGUGCCCAUUUGGAUGGAAGGGAGCGCUCUGUUCGGAGACUGUGUCUGUGUGUGAUGUCGAGCACAGGCCCCCUCCUCUGUGCACCCACGGCUCCACCUGCAUCCCCCUGCCCGACGGAUAUACCUGCCAGUGCCCCCUGGGGACUGCAGGAGUCUACUGCGAGAAAGCUGUGGCCAUCAGCGAUCCGUUCUUCAGCGCCAAUCAGUCUUCAUGGAUGUCAUUCGCACCUAUGAGCGUUCGACACAGGACGGUUUUGCAGCUGCAGUUCCAGCCUUUAUCACCUGAUGGCAUCCUCGUCUACACUGCGCAGCAUCUCAGUGCCAGAGCCGGAGAUUUCUUCUGCCUCUCCUUGACAUCUGGGUUUGUUCAGUUGCGUUACAAUCUCGGGGACGGCACCCACGUCCUGCAGUCUUCUGAGAAAGUGAACUUGCGCGGCAGCACUUGGCACACUGUGAAGGCUGGUCGAAUCGGUCACCAAGGUUUCCUGAGUCUGGAUAACGAGGAGGUCAGAGAGAACGCCACCGAAGGGAUGACCACCCUUGACGUGGCUACAGACGUCUUCGUUGGCGGUGUGUCCACCCUGAGCUCCGUCUCCACAGAUGCAACCGAAAGGGAGCCGAUGAGCUUCACCGGUGGCCUCAGAGAACUCAUAAUGAAUGGUGAAGAGUUAGAGCUGACAGAGAUGGGAGCUGUAAGCGGAGCUAACGUAGGGGACUGGGAUGGCACCGCAUGCGGGUACAAGGUCUGCCAGAACGGAGGUCGCUGCAGGCCAACGGGAAGUGACUCAUUUACAUGUAUAUGCCCACCGUUAUGGACCGGCCCUGCAUGUAACCAGUCCGUAAACUGUGUGAAUAACAACUGCAAGCGCGGUUCUCUAUGCACUCCGUCUGCUGUCACCUCAUACCGCUGCAUAUGCCCCUUAGGAUGGGGAGGGACGUACUGUGACACAGAAAUAUCCACAGACACCUUGAGGUUUGUUGGAAACUCUUAUGUUAAAUACUCGGACCCGAGGUACAACUCGAGGAAUUUAAAAUACGCACAGGUUUCAUUCAGUUUCCGCACAAGCUCAAAUGACAGUCUGAUCAUGUGGAUGGGAAAAGCCGAACACGAAGACGACGACUACCUCGCAGUGGGACUCGAGAGAGGCCAUCUUAAAAUUGCAGUCAACCUUGGAGAAAGACUCUCUCUUCCUUUCACUGUGAGGAAUCUCACUCUCUGCUGCAACAAGUGGCAUAAUGUCUCCAUCUCUUUAAACAGCACAGUGGUUCAGGCAUUCCUGAACAGUAAGAGGAUCCUUUUUGAAGACGCGGAUCCAUUUGAGCGAUACGUAGCCUUAAACUAUGGGGGGCAGUUUUACUUUGGAGGGUUUGAAUUAUAUAGAAAUGUGUCAGUCGUGACCUCCAGAUUGUUUUCAAAGAGCUUUGAAGGAAGUCUUAGAAAUGUUUUUUUGUUCGGCGAUACAAAGCCAGUGCAGUUUUUUGAAAACAGCGAGGGUUUUAAUAUUCACAAGGGCGAUGGAUGA